AUGGGAAUUGAUAGUUAUAAUCCAACAGUUCGUGCGCGGCUCUCAAAUGCAACAAAAACCCGAGUCCUCAACCUAAAAGAAUCCGCUUUGCACCGGAUUCCAGAUGAUGUGCAAAAAAUCGUGAAUCUAAGGCAUUUGGAUAUUUCUUUCAAUUAUUUGACAGCUCUUCCAGCUUAUAUUGGAAGCUUUUCCCAGUUGAAAGUUCUACAUUUCGGCAGGAAUUCUCUAGGUUUCUCUAUAUACUAAACUUUUGACAUUUGAAAAAUUGAAUAUCAUCUCUUUUUCAUUGCAGAAUCGCUGCCCGAGGAACUUGGGAACUUGGAAAAUCUCGAAACUUUGAGUUUCAGUCAAAACAAAAUCGCUGAAAUUCCUGGAAGUUUGGCGAAAUGCGCGAGUUUGAAAAGCAUCGAAGCCGUGGAAAAUCAAUUUGUCGAAUUUCCCACGGUUUUUUGCGAAAUUCCCAAUUUGGAAACUUUGGUUUUGACGAAUAAUCGGAUUGAAAAGUUGCCGGAUGAGGUGAAAAUUUAGAAUUUUGGCUAAAAAUUGGAAUUCUGCUGGAAAAAUGAGCCUAGACGUGGAAAUUUGAGAGAUUUUGAUAGAUUUCCACAGAUUUUUGAGCAUUCAAAAAGUGGGCGCUGCUUAUUUUUCUCUGCGCUCUCUCAAAAUAAUACAUAGGCGCUGCUUAUUUUCUUCGAAAAAGUGGGCGCUGCUUAUUUUUCUCUGGGCUCUCUCCAAGUUAAACAUAGGCGCUGCUUAUUUUUCUCUGCGCUCUCUCAAAAUAAAACAUAGGCGCUGCUCAUUUUUCUCUGCGCUCUCUCCAAGUUAAACAUAGGCGCUGCUUAUUUUUCUCUGCGCUCUCUCCAAGUUAAACAUAGGCGCUGCUUAUCUCUCUCCCCUUGAAAUCCAAUUUCAUCUUCAUUUUCAGAUCGCCUCAAUUCGCGCCAUCUCAAUUCAAAUCAACAAAAAUCGCAUAACCUCUCUCAACUCCUCAAAUCUAUCAAAAUGCCCUCGACUUCGCCUCAUCAAUCUAGACGAAAAUCAACUAAACCUCGAUGAAAUUCAGAAUUUCCUCGGGGAAAAACGGGAUGAACUGAAGAUCAGUUUCGAAAAUAAUGUGUCGCAAAUUCACACGAAUAAUUUAAUGGUAAAUAGAUAAGCUUAUCCUUGCAAUAGCAAUAAUAAUCGGGAAAAAGACAAGAAUGCACAGAAACCGAAAAAGUGUGCGCACACAACACACCAAACUUGACGCGCAAAACAAAUGUGUCGAUUUACAUUUUUCGGUUUUUGACCGGUUUUUCCACAUGUUAUUCAAUAAAUUACUUGAAUUCUAGUUUUUAGGAGAUGGGCAAUGAAUCUUCAAAAGGUGGUUCUGGAAAAUCGAUAGGAGAAAAUGCCCGGAAAAUUGUUGGUAAGUCAAGAUUUCCACUGAAAAUCUUAUCAAAACUCAAUUUUCUCACAGGAAAAUCGGGACCUUCUAGCUCAACAGUGAAUAAACAUUUGGAAAUGGCCUCAAAAUCACGAAUUCUUCAACUAAAAGGCUCAGGCUUAAAACGAAUUCCAGACGAAGUCGAAAAUCUCGCUGAAAUUCUGCGAAACCUUGAACUCAGCGAGAAUAAGAUUCGAGAAAUCCCCGUGUUUUUGGGCAAAUUUCAAAAUUUGAAACAACUUCAUUUGGCCAAUAAUUGUAUUGAGGCGAUACCGGAUGAAGUGGGAUAUUUGAAGAAUUUGGAAGUUUUGAAUAUUCCUGGCAAUAAGUUAGCCGAACUUCCUGAUACGAUUGCUGGGUGUACGAGUUUGAAGACGUUGGAUUUGAGCUCGAAUUCGUUUCGCGUUUUUCCCAAGGCUGUUUUUGCGAUUAUGGCGCUGGAAUUUUUGAAUUUGAACUCGAAUCAAAUUGAAAAUCUUCCAGAUGAGGUGAAUAACAUUUUGGAAAUGACGUCACAAUUGCCACGUCAUAGGUUCACGUCAAAAUUCAUUCGAGCGCCUCAAGCGCGAGUGUAAACCGCUAGCUUCCGCUUUAGCGGCCACGUGGUUUACUAUGAUAUGGAAAACGUCAUAAUAAUCCGCGUGGCCGCUGCGCGGAAGCUUGCGGUCCACACUCGCUCCGCUCGAUAAACCCUUUCCAAGUCCUAUUCUGAAAUAUCCGAUAAAAAUCUGAAAAACUGGAAUUUUAAGCACAAAUUGAACAUGAAACGAUCCAGGAACUAUUUUAUAUGUAGUUCCUGCAUUGUCCCAUGCUGAAAAUUCCAGCAUUUUUCAGAUUUUUAUUGGAAUUUCAGCGGAGAUGCGGAAGUUAUGCCCAAAUUUUCGAGCGAAGCGAGUGUAAACCGCUAUCUUCCGCGGAGCGGCACUAGCUUCCGCUUAAGCGGCCACCGGAUUCACAAUAGGAUAUAAGUGAAGUCUCCAUGUGGCCGCUAAAGCGGAAGAUAGCGCCGCUUCGCGGAAUCUAGCGGUUUACACUCGCUUCGCUCGAAAAAACAUGCAUUUUGCUCAGAUUUUCAUGAAAAAUUCAAAUUUUCGCUCUAUUUCCUCCCCAAACCUCUGAUUUUCCCAGAUCUCCGACCUAAAAGUCAUCGAAUUAUCCCUCAACCAAAACCGUCUUCAAUCCCUCAACGCCGCUCGUCUCAUUCUUUGCCCCCGUCUAAAAACCUUGCGAGUCGAAGAAAAUUGUCUGGAAAAACGAGAAUUCACGCGCGAAUUGCUGGAAAACUCGGAAAUCUCCAAUAUUACCUAUCAAGGAAACGUGUUUCAGCUCAAAGAAUUUCAGGUAACUCUCCUUAUAGCUUUGGUGAAGCUUUUUUUGCUGAAAAUAUAUAUUUUUAUAGGAUCUACAAGGAUAUGAAGCUUAUCAAGAACGAUUUACUGCCACAAAACGGAAAAUGUGA